CAUUAAAGGUCGCUGUUCUCUCCACAGUGUUACGGUGUCCGUCGUCUACAGUCUGCCUCUGAAAUCUUACAAAUCACCAAUCUGCAAUCAUGACUGGAAGGAAAUUUUUUGUUGGUGGCAACUGGAAAAUGAACGGAGACAAGAAAAGUCUCGGCGAACUCAUUAAGACAAUGAACGCUGCCAAACUGAAUGCUGAUACUGAUGUGGUAUGUGGAGCACCAACCAUCUACCUUGACUUUGUCAGGUCAAAGCUGGAUGCUAAGAUUGGUGUGGCAGCCCAAAACUGCUACAAAGUUGCCAAGGGUGCCUUCACUGGAGAGACCAGCCCUGCCAUGAUCUUGGAUUGUGGAGUGAAAUGGGUGAUCCUGGGACACUCUGAGAGGCGCCAUGUCUUUGGAGAGAGUGAUGAGCUGAUUGGCCAGAAGGUUGCUCAUGCCCUGGAGUGUGGUCUGGGAGUGAUUGCCUGUAUUGGUGAGAAGCUGGAUGAGAGGGAAGCUGGCAUCACUGAGAAGGUUGUCUAUGCACAGACGAAGGUCAUUGCAGAUAACGUCAAGGACUGGAGCAAGGUAGUCCUCGCUUACGAGCCAGUGUGGGCCAUUGGCACUGGCAAAACAGCCUCCCCACAGCAGGCCCAGGAUGUUCACGACAAACUCAGGCAGUGGAUGAAGGCCAACGUCUCUGAGGCUGUCGCCAGUUCUGUCAGGAUCAUCUACGGAGGUUCCGUCACCGGGGGAACAUGCAAGGAGCUGGCCUCUCAGAAGGAUGUGGACGGCUUCCUGGUAGGCGGCGCCGCUCUGAAACCAGAGAUUGUCGACAUCAUCAACGCAAAAGCCUAAAAAGGAGACGCAGAGGUGAUGAAAUGGUGGCCAACUUCAUCUUCGUAUCCAUGCACUUAGACCUCCCCUCACCUUCAGUGUUUUUAUUAUUAUUUUUGUUUUUGAUCAUUUCCUCCCAAGUGUCUUUGUGAUUGUUGCAGCCUUUGAUGCCUUUCCUUACAUUUUUUUUAUGUAAUUUAAAGGGACAGAAGAUUGACCUAUACACUGUAUUGCACUGUACUUCAUGGUGUAGACUUAAACUUUUACAUGAAUGUUUGUACUAACCACCACUCAAGUGUUUAAAACGAUAAAAACACCAUGGGGCCUAACACCCCUUCCUUUUACUUGAAAGUUUACCAGGGUUUUGUUAAAGCAGUGUCAACUAAGAGGCCAAUCCAAUCUGUGUCUUUAAUGUACGUUGCUACUUUGUAAUUACUCUUCAUUGUAACUGAUCCUUUACUUCAAUGUAUGAUCCCCUCUCUCCCUAGUAGCUGUGUCUAGAGAGAGAUGUCCAUUACAUGUCAAUCAUAUUGUAUUGUGGCCAACGGUAGUGAUGAAGAGACAUAGUACAAACACUUGAUGAACAAUAAAAACAGUACAUCUUGA